AAGAAAGAACAAAGAGACAUUUUCUCUAUGGUUCCUUAAAAUUCAAAAUUAAAAUUAAAAUUUUGGACACGCUGUUUUAAAAGCUAACCGCUCGCGCAAAUGUAAUGGCAAGUUUUGUUGAUAGUGAAAAAUUAAUAAGCAUAUUAAACCCCGUUAUAAAUAUUCCUUUAUAUCCUUUCUUUUCAUAUUAAGUCAAUUGUUGUUCUUUUAUUACAGGUAAGGAAGAUACAUCUACAUCCAUAUUCAUUAUGCAAUUCUGGAAAUUUACAACUACCACUUUAGCUACUCUUUUAGCUGUGGUUUCUUUAACCAACGCCAGUGGUCCAAGUGAAGGUGAAGCUAUUGCUGAUCCAAACUCUGCUGUGGUUAAAUUAACUGCCGAAACUUAUAAAUCAUUCAUUGAAGCUAAUCCUUUAGUCUUGACUGAAUUCUUUGCCCCAUGGUGUGGAUACUGUAAAAUGUUAGGUCCUGAAUUUUCUAAAGCUGCUGAUUUAUUAGAUGAAGUUCAUCCAAAUAUUAAAUUAGCUCAAGUUGAUUGUGUUGAUAAUGAAGCUUUAUGUCAAGAACAUGGUAUCAGAGGUUACCCAACUUUAAAGAUUAUUAGAAAUGGUUCUGAUGCUAAUGCUGAAGAUUAUGAAGGUCCAAGAGAAGCUGAUGGUAUUGCUGAAUUUAUGAUUAAACAAUCUUUACCACCAGUUCAAACUUUUGAACAAGUUGAUGCUUUAGUUAAUGCUGUUAACUCUGAAACUAAACCAUUUGUUAUUCAAGUUAACCCAAAUAAUAAAGAUGAACCAUUAAAUGAUGUAUUUAAUGCUGUUGCUGGUGAAAAGAGAAAAGAUUAUACUUUUAUUUCUGUUUCUGAAUCUGCUCAAAUUAAACAAUUAAAUAAAUUAUUUAAAAAUGCUAAAUUAACUGAAAAGAAACCAGCUUAUUUAGUGAUACAUCCAGAACAAUUUGAAGAAGUUAGUCAAUUAUCUUAUAAAAAGACUAGUGAAAUUACUCCAGAUGCUUUAAAUACUUUUGUUUCUAAUGAAGUUGUUCCAUACUUUGGUGAUAUUAAUAGAGAUACUUAUAUGACUUAUAUGUCAUCUCCUUUACCUUUAGCUUAUUAUUUCUAUAAGACUCCUCAACAAAGAGCUGCUUUCUCCAAAGAUUUAGCUAAAUUAGGUAAAGAAUACAGAGGUAAAAUUAAUUUUGUUGGUUUAGAUGCUUCAUUAUUCGGUAAACAUGCUGAAAUGAUUAAUAUGGAUCCAGAAAUUAUUCCAUUAUUUGCUAUUCAAGAUGCUUCUACUAAUUUGAAAUAUGGUGUUGAUCAAAAGGCUAAUCCAGAUGGUCCAUCUAUUAAAACUAUUCAACAAUUUGUUAAAGAUUUUGCUGCUGGUAAAUUAGAACCAAUUGUUAAAUCUGAACCAUUACCAACUGAAGAAGAAAUUGCUGAAAGUCCAGUUGUUAAAUUGGUUGGUUAUAAUCAUAGACAAAUCUUGGAUCAAGUUGAUAAAGAUAUAUUUGUUAAAUAUUAUGCUCCAUGGUGUGGACAUUGUAAGAAAUUAGCUCCAACUUGGGAAGAAUUAGCUGAAAUUUAUGAUUCUAAUAAAUCAGAUGCUAAAGUUAUUGUUGCUAACAUUGAUCAUACUAAUAAUGAUGUUGAAAUUCCAUUUGAAAUUGAAGGUUAUCCAACUUUAGUUUUAUUCCCAGCUAAUGGUGAAGUUGAUGAAAAAACUGGUAUUAGAAAGCCAGUUAUCUUCCAAGGUCAAAGAGAAUUAGAACCAUUAAUGGAAUUUAUUAAGACUGCUGGUACUCAUAAACUUGAUGGUAAAGAAUUACAAGCCCUUAAAGCUUCUGCCGCUGCUGCUGAAGAAGCUGGUAUUGAAGAAGAUGAUGAAGAAGAAGAAGCUGCUGAACCAGUUGUUAAAAAAGAUGCUGAAGCUGAAGCUGAAGCCGAAGUUGAAGAAGAAGCCGAAGCUGCUGUUGAACCAGAAGCCGAAGUUGAAGAAGAAGCUGAAGUUGAAGAAGAAGAACAUGAUGAAUUAUAGUUUAAUCACUUAGUCAUCACACAGUAAAAGUUCUACUUGAUCUAAUAAAAUAAAUCUAAACUAAAUAAAAAAAAAUUAUAGCUGUUUUUUUAAUCUUACUUUUUUCUCUAAUGUAAU